UGAAACCCUUAAUCUUUAUAGAAAAAAAAUAAUAAAAAUCAACCCUCAAGAAACGGGUCCACGAUCCUUAACGUGCACCCUUCCACAUGACUUCUCCUUUUUUGGCUUGAGAAUUGGAAAUCUCAUUUCUUCAGUUUUCUAUGUUUUGCCCUUUGCAAUGCUUGUAACUUUACGGCAUUUGCAAGAUAAUAACAGCUGAAUCCAAGAUCAAAAAUGAAGCUUUCUUGGCGAAUCGCGGUUUUCUACACCUUACUUUGCAUUUUUGCAUCUGGGUCAUAUUCUAUUGAGAAUUUUAAUCAAGCGUUUCCUAUUAUAGAGCCUGAUCCAGGUCACACAAAACUUCGCCUUUCAAGAGAAGGAUUGGAGGCAAUUGAGAAGAUAACUACACCCAUUGCAGCUGUAGCUGUUAUUGGUCCAUAUCGUUCGGGAAAAUCAUUUACUCUUAAUCAGCUCCUUUCCCUGUCUUGUUAUGAAGGUUUUGGUGUUGGGCAUAUGCGUGAUACAAAGACAAAAGGGAUAUGGGUUUGGGGCACUCCAGUAGAGAUGGAUAUCAAUGGAGUAAAAACUUCUGUUUUUUACCUUGACACAGAAGGUUUUGAAAGCAUUGGAAAAUCUAAUGUAUACGAUGACCGGAUUUUUGCCCUUGCAGCUGUUAUGAGUUCUGUGCUUAUAUAUAAUCUCCCUGAGACGAUACGUGAAGCUGACAUAUCCCGGCUGUCAUUCGCAGUUGAACUUGCGGAGGAGUUCUAUGGAAGAGUAAAGGGGCAAGAUGUUGCGUUUGAACCUGCAAAACUACUAUGGCUCAUCCAACGUGAUUUUCUGCAAGGAAAAUCUGUGCAAGAAAUGGUUGAUGAAGCUCUACGACAUGUCCCUAAUAGCAAUGGUGAUAAAAAUAUUGAUCAGGUGAACCAGAUUCGAGAUUCUUUAGCCAUAAUGGGUGAUAAUAGCACAGCCUUCAGCUUACCACAACCCCAUCUUCAGCGCACAAAGCUUUGUGACAUGAAGGACGCUGAGCUUGAUCCUCUUUAUGUCAAGAAGAGGGAGCAAUUAAAAGAAGUUGUAGCAUCUAUUAUUCGUCCAAAAAUUGUCCAGGGUAAAUCUCUCAACGGGAAGGAGUUUGUAUCUUUCCUUGAGCAGAUUCUUGAUGCGCUGAAUAAAGGAGAGAUACCAUCCACUGGGUCCCUUGUGGAAGUCUUCAACAAGGGUAUCCUGGAGCGGUGUCUAAAACUGUACAAUGAGAGGAUGGCUAAAAUGGUUUUACCAAUGCCAGCGGAGUCUUUGCAAAAGGCUCAUGAAGAGCACAGACAGGCAGCAAUGAACGUCUUUGAUGAACAGCAUUUUGGUCGUCACCAUGCAAAAAAAUCAGUUGAUAAAUUGGAUGAAGAGAUUGAAAAGGGGUAUAAGAAUAUCAUGCUGGCGAAUGAAUAUCAAUCCUCAAAGCUGUGCGAGGCUCUGUAUACUAGAUGUGAAGACAAAAUGGACCAUCUUCAGGUCCUCAGACUUCCUUCGAUGGCAAAGUUCAAUGCUGGCUUCGUCCAGUGUAACCAAAGCUUUCAUGGUGAAUGUGUCGGACCUUCUAAAAUCAACUAUGAGAAGCGGAUGCUGAAGAUGUUAGAGAAGUCAAAGUCAUCAUUUAUUAAGGACUAUAAUCACAGACUCUUUAAUUGGUUGGUAGCUUUCUCACUGUUCAUGGUGGUGGUCGGGCGGUUCGUCAUAAAGUUUAUUUUGGUCGAGAUUGGCGCAUGGAUACUUUUUAUCUUCUUAGAAACAUAUACAAGAAUGUUUUGGUCUGCAGAGUCGCUUUACUAUAAUCCAAUGUGGCAUUUUAUUGUAGCUACUUGGGAAACGCUCGUGUAUAGUCCAAUCCUUGAUCUGGACAGGUGGGCAAUCCCUGUGUGUAUUAUGGCUGUAAUAUUUGUGGUUUAUUGGCGAUGUUAUGGGAGACGGAAACACGGCCCCAUGUUGUUGUUACCCAUGUACAGCAAUCCUAAAGACCGGCAUAGAACAGAAUAGCAACAGCUUAUCAUGUCCAUCCAAUCAUCACGAGCUUUAUGUUUUUAUUUCAAAAGCACGCGAGGUUUGGAUAUUUGUAUCUCAGUAUACCCUUCAGUUCAAUAUGGAGUGAGAACCAGAAGAAGAUCUAAACAGGUCUUGAGCUUUGUUGUAAAAGUUGGAAAUAUUUGUAUCUUUAUCAUUCAUUAACUUUUACUGUAAAACUGGAGUAAUUAUUUCUAACAAUUAAGAGAUGUAGUCAGGGAAUUUCACAUAACUUUAGUUUUUAUGGUUGUGUAUACUAGCAGCCACCACAUAUACUUAGAUGUUAAAGGAUUUGAUAGAUCACUUAUAUCACCCCUCUAGUUCUUCUAA